AUGGACACCUGCAUCCUACUCAAAGACAAGAUCGCCCAUUUCAAGGGCCAAAAAGGUUCAGAUGGAAAGUAUACAGUUUCGUUGAUAGAAGGAGACGGUAUUGGUCCUGAAAUCUCACAGUCGGUCAAGGAUAUCUACUCAGCAGCCAACGUGCCGAUCAAAUGGGAGCCCAUAGACGUCGGUCCUAUAAUAAAAGAUGGCCAAACUGCUAUCCCAGACGACGCAGUUACCUCAAUAGAAAAGAACUUCGUCGCCCUGAAGGGCCCUCUCGCGACACCAGUGGGCAAAGGCCAUCGAUCGCUCAACCUGACUCUACGAAAAACCUUCAACCUGUUCGCCAACGUUCGACCUUGCAAGAGUAUCGCUGGCUACAAGACGGCAUACGACAAUGUGGAUACAGUGUUGAUCAGAGAAAACACCGAAGGUGAAUACUCGGGCAUUGAGCAUGUCGUGGUCGAUGGUGUCGUCCAGUCGAUCAAGUUGAUUACAAAAGAAGCUUCUGAGCGUGUGCUGAGGUACGCGUUUCAGUACGCUCAAGACAUCAAGAAGCCAAAGGUCAGGGUUGUCCACAAAGCUACCAUCAUGAAGAUGUCCGACGGUCUAUUCCUGAGUACCGCGCGGGACGUCGCCAAGGGCUUCCCACAGAUUGAGUUCGAUGCUGAGUUACUGGACAACGCUUGUCUCAAAGUGACUACCGACCCAGCCCCAUAUGCCGACAAGGUUCUGGUCAUGCCGAACCUCUACGGUGAUAUCUUGUCUGAUAUGUGCGCUGGCUUGAUCGGUGGCCUUGGUCUCACUCCUUCUGGCAAUAUUGGUGACGAGUGCUCUAUAUUCGAGGCUGUCCACGGUUCUGCUCCAGAUAUUGCAGGCAAAGGACUUGCCAAUCCAACUGCGCUUCUACUUAGCUCGAUUAUGAUGUUAAGGCAUAUGGGUUUGAAUGCAGAGGCAGACAAGAUUGAGACUGCCAUCUUCAAGACGUUGGCCGACGGCAAGGCCCGAACUGGAGAUUUGGGUGGAAAAGCAAAGACACACGAGUACACGCAAGCCAUCAUCGAGAACUUGGGCUAG